AUGAUGGCGUGUCUUUCCACUAGCGUCGUGUCCUCGUCCGCGAAUCCCCUGUCAGCGUCACUCAAAUGCUCCGAAUCCUCUUCCCAUCGAUCAACCCUAGGCGACGUCGGGCUGAGGCCGUCUCUCCCCGUGAUCCGCCGUGGCGGAAGGAUUUGCGGAGCGGCGAAGGGCGGAAGGGGAGCAGUGUGCGUGGUAGCUUCCGGCGGAAACGGGGCGGCGCGGACGGCGGAUGAGGUGGAAACGGGGGAGGGAACGGGCAGCUUUGACGUGAGCAGCACGUGCGUGAAUCCCGUGUUCCGCUCAUUCCCCAGCCUCAAGGAAGGCGACGGCAACGCGGACGGGCCGGGCGGGCGGGCGGUGCGCGUGCUGUUUCUGAGCGAGGGCAACGUGUGCCGCAGCGUGGUGGCGGAGGCGGUGCUGACGGCCAUGGUCAGGGACAAGGGGCUCGAAGAUUACAUCGUCUGCUCCUCCAAGGCAGUGCGCGACUACAACGUGGGCGAGAGCCCGGACUCGCGGGUGGUGCAGCUGGCGGGGCAGAGCGGCGUGGCGGUGGACGCUGCCCGGCAUUCCGCGCUGCUGCGCCCCGCCGAGGAUGUUGUGGCGCACGACCUGCUGGUCGUCAUGGACAAGUUCAACGCAGCGGAUGUGCUGAAGGAGGUGUCGGUGUUUGACACCAUCGACCCCACUGCGCGCUUCUCCUCCAAAGUGCGCCGCAUGGGCGACUUCUGCAAGUCCAGAACCGUGGAUGACAUAGACGACCCGCUGUACGGCAACAUGGGCGGGCCCGAGGAGCUGGAGCUGUUGGGGGCAGCCAUCAACGACAUAGUGGACUGCUGUGACGGGCUGCUCACAGACCUCAUUGCCAUCCGCGCUGGCCUCGCAGAGGGGGAGAGCUUCCGGUCGGCAGUGAACAAGUGGCUACAAGGAAUGGAUGACAUGGACUGGCUUGUCCCCCCCAUGCUGCAAAAGAAGAACCGCAACUGA